AAUGAAAAUUCCUUUAGCGUACUCGGUCAAUAUCGACAUAAUCGGCUAGGCGGCUAUAAAACGGCUAGAUUCUCAAAACUCGUUGUGCGAUAUUUAGGAUACGGAUACCUAUCUUUUUCCGCAUCCACAUCCCAACGUACCAGCUUUGCCUAAAAUGCUAAAGGGCAGUACACUGAAAGCCCUGGAUGUCAGAAUCCUACGGCCCCUUAUUGAAACAAGUGGAGGCCACCAGCGCAGUUUCUCUAGCAGCAUCCACAGGUCCUACAUAACAUUCAAUGAUUUCCGCAAUAAAAAUCGCUGGUACACAAAAAAGGAGCUUGUAGGGUACUCCAUGCAGGACAUGUACAGCGUGGUCUCUGAUGUCAGCAACUAUUACAAGUUCGUACCGUACGUGAAGCGCUCCCAUGUUCACAGUCAGAAAAGUGGUGCCUUUAAGGCGGACCUUAUUGUGGGCUUCCCACCGCUGAACGAGGCGUACACCUCUCAGGUUACUUUAGUAUCGCCCAGCUUGGUCAAGUCGGAGUGUCACGAUGGUCGCCUGUUCAACUACCUUUUAAACGAGUGGCGUUUCAGACCGGGCCUCAAGGACAUACCAAACUCCUGCGUUCUAGACUUUAAGGUGUCAUUUGAAUUCAAGUCUCUGCUGCAUAGUAACGUGGCAAACAUAUUCUUCGACCUUAUAUGCGAUCAAAUGGAGAACGCGUUUAUUCAAGAGGUACGUCGACGGAGCGGUCCGCCCUCCAUCCGUUCCCACGUGCUUACCUCGCAGCGGUCGUGAAGAGAGAAUGUUGGUUGAUGUAACCGUUUUAGUGAAUUAAGUUGAAGUUGUGUACACUGCUUUGACAAACCUCUUUGUUAGUACCAUUAACUAAAUUGUAAAUAAAUUGUCUUUUGAUUUGCGUAAAUACGGACAACCAAAAUGUACAUAAGUAUGUAGUUCUAUAGUCCAGACACCAAAUGAAUCAAUACACGAGUACAAAGAACAUAAA